AUGACUGUCAGACCGCCAUCAGACCCAAGGAGUGGUAAAUCACCAGCAGUCCACGGCGUGUCUGAGCCGUCAAGGUCAUCCGAGGGCAAGGAACGCGUCAACGAGAGGCUUGCAGACGACAGAGGUCACGGUGUCGACAUACACAAUCCCUACAACUGGCCCUUGAGCAAGAGCGCUGCCAACGCAGUCAUUGUCUGUUUCCUAGGGUUCCUCUCGUCCCUUGUAUCCUCUGUCAUAGUGCCCGCGCUCCCGAAUGUGAAGCUGGAGUUCGGGGUCACCAACGACGAAGUCGGAACUCUGACAACUUCUCUAUUCGUUCUAGGCUUGGGUGUUGGCCCUUUCCUUUUCGCUCCACUGUCGGAGCUAUACGGGAGGAUGUUCGUCUACCGCCUGACCAUGACGGCUUUCACCGUGCUACAGGUUGGCUGUGCCCUAUCCAACUCAAUAGGGACACUCAUCAUCCUGAGGUUCCUGUCUGGCGUUUUCGGCUCCGCGCCGCCAUCGCUAGGACAAGCGACCAUUUCUGACCUCUUUUCCCCGGGCGACCGAGCCCCUUGGUCUGCUUUAUAUUCCCUCGGACCGAUGCUAGGGCCUUGCAUUGGGCCCCUGAUUGCCUCUUUCAUAAUCGCCGCCAAGUCCUGGCGGUGGGUCUUCUGGACCUCAGCUUGCAUGUCAGUCUCGUCUCCCCUCGAUUAUUCUAUCAUCCAGACUUUUUAUCUCAGUUCCGGCGGCGGCACAAUAUUCCUAUUUGUCGUGUCCAAGGAGACGUACAUGCCCGUCAUCAUGCAAAAGGCACAGAUGGAGCAAGAGCUGAAAUCAACGCUAACCGGCGGGAGUAAGCGUGUAUGGUCUUUCCCGCUCAAGCCCCACAGCGAGAAAAGCCCAGCGGCAAAGGGAAUCUACAGCAAAGCCUUGUCCCGACCUCUUCGUCUUCUGACGACGAAUCCGAUCUGCUUAGUUCUGGGCACCUUUUUAGCGUACGUGUAUGGCAUGCUAUACCUUCUAUUGACGUCUCUACCGCUCCUGUAUCGAGAUGGCCAAGGGCGUCUGUUUUCCUACCACCUAUCCGUGACUAGGUCAGGUCUCUGUUACCUGGGCCUCGCGGUGGGUUUUGUUAUAGCAUCGUUCACCACGGCUUACGGCUCCAGGCGAUUAUACAACCACCUCGUAAAAGUCAACGGAGAGCAGCGGCCGGAGUACAGACUGCUGCCCAUGACUGUCGGAAUGAUAAUCCUUCCGGUAGGACUACUGAUGUACGGCUGGUCAGCCCAACAGCACGACGCGGUCAUAGUCCCGCUCAUCGGGAACGCUCUCGUCGCGAUGGGUAUAUUCGUGACCUUCCAAUCCAUCCAGGUCUACCUCGUCGACGCGUUCUCGCCGUACUCGGCGUCGGCGAUCGCGGCUGCCACACUCCUCCGGUGUUGCGCGGGGUGUGGACUGCCUUUGUUCGGAAAGCAAAUGUUCAAAGGAAUGGGGUACGGAUGGGCGGCCACCGUGCUCGCACUCGCCACUGUACCGGCCAUUCCGAUACCGCUCAUCCUGUACAAAUAUUCACGAUCUCUCCGAGAGCGUUUCCCCUUCCAUGGCUGA